AAACGUUGGAACGAAUUUCGAACUAGGUGAUCUAUCAUUCGUAUGCCGUCUAGUCAUUUUUUACGAGUUUAAAGCAGAAAUUAUCGUUUAUUUGCCAAGAAAGCUAUUGAUCUCUUGUCAUAUUUGUAAAAUAACUAGUUCUAUUUUAAGUUAGUCGGACUAUGGAAGAUAUAGCCAGGAAGAAAUUUACAUACGAUCAUGUAUCUUCGUACAAGGCUCGCGGAAAAGUCAGAGCUUCAGAUCGUAAUUUUCGAGCUCAGCGUGCAAGUGAAAAACGUCACCUCUCCAGGAUGGAUGCAAUCUCCAAACGAAGGAGAAUGCCUCUAUCUCCACUGGCUGAUGAAAACGUGGUUGACAAGUGUACGAAAGCGGGAGAAAACGGUAAACAUAUAAUUGUUGUGGAAUUUGAAUGAGCUCACAACUGAGAUUAUUGAUAUCACACAGAAGAAAUAUUGGCUGAAGUUCAUCAUAGUAACUGGUAAAGUAGUUGAUAUUUUAAAAUUUAAUGAUAGCAAUCGUGUUGCCUAUCAAUCUUUCAAUCAGUCCAGUUGGAAAUGAUGCGAGGAGACCAUUGAAAAUUUCAAGGAUGUGUGAUAGAUUACAUCUAUCAAAAUACACACACGAAACCAACUGAAAUUAAACUCCACCCCUUACAAAUUUACCCACAUUAGUGAUUCUCCCUACUGUCUACUUUACAAUUCUUAUGAUGUUAGUUUGAAGAAUUUGGUUUUUGAUCAACUAAUAAUCCCCUUAUUGCUUUUUUUUCUUCAUUCACAUCACAUCUUCUUGAUAAUGUAUAGAUGUUGUAACGUGAAAUUCUGCCUAAGUCACGCAUGGGAGUUUAAGGUCACCCUCUGUAAUUGAGGCAUUAGUUACAACAUAUAAUUUUCCUCUUUAAGUUGAUGAGCUUCAAGAUGAAACUUCAAAACCACAGCUUAGCAGAAGAGAGCAGCUAAUCAAGUGGCAAGAGGAGCGAAAACAAAAGAAAUCUUCUGAAUCACAGAAAAGGAAAUCUUUUGUUGUGCGUCACGUCAAACACCAAGAAGAUGCUGCUCUUUAUUCCAUCAGUUCUGGGAAGAAAGUGAACAGAGGGGUUACUCAACCAGUUAAACCUGACUCCAAGCCUGCAGCAAACAAAUCCGACAAACAGGUCCCUAGGGCAUCAGCUAGGAUUGCCAAAAAGGAAUCAAGUAAAGCAGCUAAUUGCAAAAGUAAUAUAAUCAUGAAGGUGGAUCCCAAAUCUAAAGAUGCACAUAAUGAUAAGCUAAAGGAGAAGGUUAGUUACUGCAUAAGAUGUAACAGGAUAAUUUGACUUUAUCAACUGAGAUGAUAAUGUAAAUUGGUCACUGUAAAGAGUUUCAAAGCUGACAGUUUGAGUGCAAGCCCUUUGUCAGACUGAAUAGAGCACACACACACACAAUCCUCAUUCCUCCAUUCACUCUGACAAAGGGCUAACACCCAAAACAUCAGCUUUGAAUUUCUUUGUAAUGGCCAAUUUACAUUAUCAACUUAGUUGAUAAUGCCAAAUUACCUUUAUAUACUCUCCCACUGACAUAGCACCACAGUUUCUUAAGAAACUUACCCCUCUAUGCUACUGCAUGGUAUAGUUUUGUUUUGAAUAUUCAUGUGGCACAGGGCUGGAAUUUAACAGAAGCUACAUGAUGUAGGUGCCACAGGCCACAAACUUAAGACCUUAGCGCCCUUGUUUUUUGAGACUAGAGAUUUCAGGCUUAAUGAGGGGUUACAGAAAAAAAAAAGUACUGAGUGAGUAGAUUCUUGUCUAAACUCAUAUGUGGUAGUCUAGGUAAAUUUGUUCCAAGAGUUGGUUUUGAACUCCAUGUGCAUGAUUGUUUGUAUACAGAGGAUUACAUGUUGCGUGAUAUUCAUAGGGUCUGAAAAAAUGGGUGAGAUCAACUUCUGCUGACUGACAAUUCAGUUGGCAGAAGACCAUCAAUGUUAACUGUUUCACUCUGUGUAUGUGUGUGAAAUUUGAACAUUUUUUUGUGAUCAAGCUUUCACUAGUAAUAUACUGUAUUCCUCCUUUGGUUGUACUUGUAUCAGGCUAAAUUUAGCUCCGACAAGACUGGCAGGGUCACAAGGCAAAGUGUUCAAAUGAAAUCAUCUUCAAUUGGCAAAAAUGUUGCAGUCUCUCAGUCCAGCAAGAAAGGUAAGUAAAUGUAGAAUUGAUUUUGAAUUUCUUACCCUUGGAAUCACCUGAAAAAAAGAUCCAUUUUUCUUUUACAAAUGAUAUAAAUUUAUUUUAUUUCGUUUCUGGCACAGGAGAGCCAAAAAACCAAGUGAAAACAAGAUCUCAAGCCAAGAAACUUCAAGAAAAAUCAACGAGAAGUGUUAAGGAUACCCAACAAGUUCCACUUGAAGAAACAACUCAGGAGUUUACAAAAAUUGAUUUACCAGCUCCGGAGAACAUAAAGAAUACUGUUUCAUUUGGUAGAGGUAGCUCAGAAGGUGUGGAGAGGAAUACAAAAAAGCCAGGACCAGAUUUGGGGCCACCAUCUCUUGCUCCCAAAGAUUUUCAGUUCACUGCUCCAAGUGGCAUCAACACCUUCACAUACUUAUCAAAAACAUUCACGUUUCAGCCACUUAGCCCAAGGAGUGCUGCGGAAUUUAUAUUUCCAACAUCAGUGUCUUCUUUUUUUAGCCCCAACAAGGAGAAAUCUACUGAAGAAAUGCAGAGAGAGAGCACAGCUUGGGAAGACCCUGUGGCACUUUGUCAUAUGAAUAGUACACUAGAUGAAAAAGAGAAUACUGAACAACAGAUGGCUGAUUAUGAAACGGAGAAAUGUGAGGGAUCUGAAAGUCAAGAAGGUACAGGUAGUAAUGUAGAUGAGAAAAAGGACACAGCAUCUUGUCCAACAGAUGCCAAAAUUUCAUCCAGCCGAGGACAGUCUUCAUUAGUUGAAGAAACAGAUGAUGGCAGCGAUCUUGACUCACAACAUGAUGCGGCAUACUUUAGGAAUCUUGUGGCAAAGGAGACUGACAGGUUGAAUGAAAUCUGUGCAAAAUGGGAGAGGAUUAACGCAGAUGAACAAAGCCUCAGUGAGGAAGGUAUGGCUUAGAAUGUUUUACAGUCUCUUAGUUAUAUUAAAAACCAGUUGGUGAUUCUCUGAAAAUAAGUUCAAUGAACAUUCCUUGGUUUACCUACAUUUGUAUGUAUUUAAUGGUAGUAUAAAAAGUUUGGUAAAUAAAACUGUCACGAAAAAAAUGUAUCUUAAUGCUUAGAAAAAGGGAUGUAAAUAUCUACACCAUUUGUUCAUGCUUCAUGGAACAACGUGACAAAAUGGCUGUUAUGUCUUAAAAUAUCUUAAAAUAUCUUAAAUACCAGGAAAAAAAGUUACAUUUUAGAUCAAACUUUUUCAUUUUCUUCAGUGACUGGGCAAAUAAGGACAGUAAUUGGCCAAGCCCAGCUAUUAAUUGAUCAGAGGUUCCAUCAGUUUUCAGGCCUCAUAGAUCUGAGUGAGGUAAGUUUAUUAGUUUAUACCCCCUCAUUUGCACUGUAUCAGAACAAGGUUCCUCUACCCUUUAACUCCCAAGAUCUGAUUGUUAUUUUCCCAUCCAGCUGCUACACAUUUCCUUGUAAAUUAGUGAUGAGAGUUUGGAGUUCGAUCAAGAUAGAAACUUGACUUGAUUAAUUUGAGUAUUCUUAUUGCCUGUUUUUUGGAUAAUGUGUGGAUUUUGUAGGGAGAAGUUACAUGUUAAGCUUUUCUGGGAGUUAAAGGGUUAAGACUUGCAACAAAUUAAUUUUUUUGUCUUUGCGGCUCAGUGGUAGAGCAUCGAGGCAUGGAAUCCGAAGGUCUGAGGUUGGAUUCCUCAUGGGAACUCAGAAUUUUUUCUUUGUUUCACACUUGUGAUAGGAUAAAAAACAUCUUUCUCUAAAUUAAACCUUAUUUGAACUCAAGGGUUGUGCUGUAGGAACUUGUUCAUUUUUAAAACACGUCUUACACUUGUCUCCUACAGUGAAGUGUUCAAGAGAAAUUUUGACAGCAUUUGUUCCCCUUAUACACACUGGAUGUGCCUGCCUUCAAUGCAGAUGCCAUCAUUGUGAUUUAGGGUUAGGGUUGGAUUCACAAACCCCACUUCAUCAUUCACGACACAUGUUAAACUUAUGUAUGUACAAAGUAGAUACUACAUGUAAUUUCUUCUAGCUUGUAAAAAGUUAAGUUUAAAUGCAAAACUUUUGUUUUUGUGUAGGACAAAAAUGCCGAAAAGCAAGCCACUGCCUCUGACCUUCAAGGUUUCUGGGAAAUGAUUUAUUUUCAGGUAGAGAAAUGAAUCUGAAUUAACUUUUCAUUUCUAAAUACUGUUUGUGAGAGAACAUAUUAGAUGUUUUUCUGCUUCCUUGUUAACCUUUCAGGUUGAAGAUGUGAAUGCUAAGUUUGAUGCACUGGAGAAGUUAAAGGAAAACAACUGGAAAGAAGAAGAAAAGAAGACAAAGAAAUCCUUGAAAAAGACUAAAGCAAAGGUAUAUUUUUAUUCACAGGUAGCAUGUAUGGAAAAUUUAAGUUUUCCUGUGCUAUAAGGGUCAUUUACUGGUAGAUAAUUGUUGUAUAAAGGUGGUGCAAUGUUUGAUAUUUGAUGUCCCAGUUGUAGGCACUCUAUGUGCAUAAUUGUGCACAUGAAAAAAGUAUGUGCUCCUGGUUGGGUGAAAAAUAGUGCAUUUUUUGUGGAACACCAGGGCAAAGUUGUAAACAUGAGUGCAAAUAACAAAUAUAGCUUGUGAGGUGUCAAAAUUCUGUCUGUCUUGACUUCCUGUGAUGUUUUUUUAGAUAAAUUAUUCAUAAGUAAUUGCAUGAUUUCAGGCACAAUUUGGUGUAAAUAAACACAAGUAAAUUUUACAAAGACUACAAAUUGCACUCCCCCAUGGGUAUGCAAUUUUGUUGUCUUUGAAAAUUUCCUUGUGAUUAUUUACAUUACCUAUACUAACUGCACUUACAGGCCAGUUAGGGUUACCUCUAACAUCAGAAUUCAGUAUGGAAGUUCUCCACUCUGUUCUCUCUAUUUUCCUUUGAUAUUUGCAAGGAGAAUUUGUCUUACCAUCAAGAGCUUCUUGAGUUGGUGACUAUUCCCUUUAUUUUUUUGACCUAAUUGUGUGAUUCAGGGAUGAGUUAUACUGUUUAGAGAAAUAAGAUGAUUAUCAUCUCUAGGAAUUAAUAAAGUAUUUGCUCAUUGGAAUUAUGUUUUCGGGUGACAUUAAUUUUGAUUUGGUACCAUAGAAACCAUCCGAAAAUGCUGACGCUAAACCUAACAACAAAGCGGCUGCUGCAAGAAACAGAAUUCAAGCAAUGAGAUUGGCAAUGAAGGCAAAGAUGGCUGAAGAAAAAGAGAAGUUGAGAGCCGAAAAAAGACAUCAUCAGGUAAGUGUUUUAAUUGUUUUCUUUGUGUUGCUGCAUAUAUAUGGUUAUCAUUAGGGAACAAAAAACAGAGGUUCCUCGCGCGAGAAACGCGACGGAUUCCCACGCGUGUGCGUACUUGCCUAAAGUGAAUGACGAGAAGCAUUUUCUCAGAGAAACUGCGCCAAAGAAAGUAACCAACUCCUGUUACAGAUUGAGAUGGAAAGUCUGAGAGAGAAAAUUGAUUGAGGUUGCGUCUGAUGGCAAACAGCAACAUAAUGAAUCCUUAUUUCAAUCAAUUCCAUGCAAAACGGCUGUAUUUGAAGUCGCAUUUUUUUCCGGUCCCAAUCUGCUUGUCAAAUUGUCAGCUUUGCUUUUGUUUUCAUCCAAUCACAGGAAGAGGCUUUCGUUACUAUUCUAACACCUGUGAAAAAGUGUAAGAAAAACGGUAAGUUGCUUGACGUAGACAAAUAUCUCUCUUUUACGUUUUAUAACUUUGCAAAUGGAUUCAACCUUGCACACGUCAGGUGACCUAAGCCCAAACUUGUCCUGGUUUCAACUUCAUGCGAACAACCCAGAAAAGCGCUAAACGCCAGAUGGGAUACUGGUCUCCGAUUGGUUUAAAACCCUUGCGCUUUCUAAGUCACUCCUCCUUCUAAGCAUACGUUAGUUUCUUUCCCAGGGUCUUCUUUCGCCCUUCAAGAAGAAAAGAGAGAGGGUCGUGGUCCUUACCCUGACACCUGACUGGAAAUCCCUUAGGGACAAGCUUGAGAAUGAGUGUUUGAGGGAAGGGGAGCCACCGUUGAGAAUGAUUGUCUUACCCAAGAACACAACGCACCGGCCAGAGUUAAGCGCGCCUACUAUCCAGUUUCAACCAUGGUAGUUGAUAACCAAAAGAAUACUUUACUGGCAAUUUAAAUUGACAAAUGUCUUAUUGUUUGGCGUGCACUUUAAAUUUUGUUGCGUCUUGACCCUAUUCAAAUGUGUUGCAGAUGGUAGCGAGGAGGUAGUAUUGACACCAGUGCGCCGAUCCAUUCGUAAGACGCCACAGUUACGUGUUAUGGCUGGUAACAGCACACCCGUGAUAGUGACCACACCUAUGAUUAUCAGUGAAGACAGUCCAGGGCUAAGACUUACUCCAGACAAUGGCAUUCAAGCCAGCGAAAUGGUUGUUACAGGAAGUAGAAUGAAACUUGAAGAACCAAGCCAGGAAGACGUGUGUGAAAUGGAAAGCAAACAAGAAGAAGGUAAAAUUAAUUGCGAUCUCGAACAAGUGAAACCAGAAGUUUUGAAAUCUGCUCGUAAGACUACAGAGGACAAACCUCGAAAGGCUCUGGGAAAAGUCACCUUUCAAUCGCCUGGUCAAGAAAGCACGCCUGCAUAUGCAGCUCACGAAGGAGGUAGUACUUCGAUAGAGACCGCUGUUGAAGAUAAUCCAGACCUAAUCGAGAGCAAAGCCAAGAGAUCAACUCCGCGCUGUUUCUCGGCGCGUAAAUGCCGCAGUCGCUCAGGAACACCCUAUUACCAGCAGAGGCCUCGACGAAGAGUUUCUACUGUCGACGAGAAUGUUGCACACGGGACAGAAAGUGCAGAAUGUAGCUCAUCAGAAUCUGACGCCGAAGCCAAACCUAAAGAGCAGUGCCCUGGGUCGGGAUUGAGAAGGUCAUUGCGAAGGACGCCCUCUAAAUACCGAGAUUCGGCGCCUUUAGAGGCCGAAGCUGUAGGAAAGGUAAGGCUUUAAGUUUUAUAUAUCAGCAAUUUUCGAUCGGGUAUCAAAGUUGAUCUGGGAUAGCUUUGUUUUUGCUUUACUUUGUCAUGUGAUUGGUCCAACAAAACUGGCGCCAUCCUCUUAACCAAUUAGAUUCAAAACUACUUAUAAUCGUCACCUGGCUGUUUGCAGGUGUGUGGUGUGAUUAAAUUGUCUUUUGUUAAACGACACGCAGCCAAAAUGCGCUCUAAAAGCAGUAACACGGGUAUGUGGUGGAAAAGGCAAGCAUUGCUGAAGGGUGUAAACAGUUAAUCAACUGGAACCAUAAGUAUAACAGGAUAUCCUUCAGGAGGAAUCCACUAGCUUCACAUGAUUCGACAAACAAAUUUAGAUUACUUUCACUGCGUAUUCCUAUUGAGCGACUUCAUGGUGAGUUCAUGCUAAGGCUAAUUUGUGUCAAUUAUCGCAAGGAUUAAUUAAUCUGAAGAAAGAGUCGUAAUUCCGUCGAGCAGAAUUUGCUUUUUAUUUCCUUACCUUUUAAGUGGCGAUAUUUUAGAAUCCUUACAUGUUUCCUGUUUACUCUAUUUCUGAGCAGACUCCGCAACAAAUUUCCGUGAAACUGUUCCAAGCAACGGAGGAGCCUUCUGCAUGUGACUUGCCCAAAAAUGUGAGUUGGCCGGAAUUUUUGAUUCAUUACUAUUCAAAUAGAGAACUUAGAUCUUCGUGAGAAAAAAAAAAAAAAGACUGCCUAGAAACAGGAGAGUACAUUGUCACUGUGCGGAGGCCAUUCUGUAAACGAAGGUUUUUUAGCUUUCGGCAGAAUAGUAUCGCAUUCCUUAUAAUAAACGUUUUCGCUGGUGUACUGAUGAUUUCUUUGCUCCUAUAAGAUCUAAGUGCUUGCCAAUUAUUUUCGUGUGAUUUGUAUUUAUUUCGUUUCGUACUCUUUUUCAUACCUCGUUUGUGUUAUUUGUUAAGUUUUCAACUUACCAAUAUUGCUGCAAUCUAAUAAACAGUAUUAUGGAGUUGGAAAGAUAUCUUUUUUUGCUAUUACAGCCUCUUUCUCUUUUGGUGUACACAACCUUCGCUUUAGCCACUUAUUUGAGAGGGGUUAUGGUAAAUUCUAAAAAAUGUGAUCUCGAUUCAAAGGGUCAAGAACCAGAUGCAUUCUGUAGAUAUCUGUGCCCUUCCUCGUCGGAUGAAGAAGACUGCGAGAAGAAACCUGUGGACUCAUUGCCUGUGGAUGGUAAGUUGGAGGCCAUUGGUUGAUUGUUGACCAAUAAGAUUGUAAGAUAAAUUACACUUCCAGUUGUAGAAGGAGCGAAAGCGCGAUCGGAGGGAAGCAAGAACGGGCAGCAGUCACUGUCAAUGUUCUGAGGCUAAAAGUAAAACUGUCUUGUAACUUAAGUCUCAUUCUGCAAAAUAAGCUUCCUACUUGGUUUAUUUUGUAUAUGUUGUUUUUUAGAGAUCGUGUUUGAUAACAAGGACCCCAAAUUGGAAGGCACCGCUGUCGGCGCAGAAGUCAACAUCACCCCACCAGACGAACCCGGCACCUUUCUCAAGCCUUCAAUCACUAAAAGUGAACCCAAGACAGGCAGGACACCCAUACAUAUCCUCAGGUAUCUCUCAGACAUGGACACACCAUCUCCAAACUCCCGUCAAAUUACUCCCAUGCCGAAGACCACGAUAUAUGUAUCUCCCUCUAAGAACAGCAAGACUCCUGCACUUGGAGACAGCUUAGGGAUGAUGUCACCGGAACACGUGGUGCGACGAUUUCCUGCCAAUAAUGAUGGUUCGCCGCUCGUUACGCUGGCUGCAGGGGCUGGAAAAGAAGGCUCACGCGCCGUGACGCCAUGCGGUCAGUUGGCUGUGUUUAGUCUUGACUCUCCAGGUAAGGGUGAGAAGAGACGAGACUCCGUCUUCUUUGCUUCCGUGUCGACCUCUGUGGCUGGGGCUGUGGAUAACCUGAUGUCCUUCUCGCCAGUUGUAGAGUCAAAUGAAUCAGGUACG